UAGUGUAGUAAAGUGUGACGCCUCUCCCGUUCACUGCGCGCACUUCAACAUCUUCAUCGCGCCCGGAGCUGCGCCUGAUAGUGACCACACACCAUACGGAUUUUAAGGUUUGCUCUUGGUUAACUACUUUUGAAAAUGGACCAGAAAGACGCAGAAAUGAACGAUAAAGGAGUUUCAUCUUCUACCAGUGGAGUUGUCAUUCAAGUCAGGGAGAAGAAAGGACCUUUACGCGCAGCCAUUCCCUAUAUGCCAUUUCCAGUAGCUGUCAUCUGCUUGUUUCUCAACACGUUUGUGCCCGGACUGGGUACAUUCAUCUCAGCCUUUACGGUCCUGUGCGGAGCGAGGACAGACCUUCCUGACAGACACAUAUGUUGCGUGUUCUGGCUGAACAUCGCAGCCGCCUUCAUUCAGAUCUUGACUGCCAUCGUCAUGGUGGGCUGGAUCAUGAGCAUAUUUUGGGGAAUGGACAUGGUCAUUCUUGCAAUCUCUGAAGGCUACAGGGAGCAGGCCGUCCCUCAGCAGCUGUGAUUCCUGCCCUCUAAAUCUUGAACGUCCACCUUCUCCAGUGCUGUCUGGCCAACAUAUUGGAGAUUUAAGACGGCACCCACGUGCCCUGGGAGAUCCAGGGACUUCUUAUGUAGAUUCACAGUCCCACUCAAUACUGCUGAAGGACAGUAGAAGAGCGUGGUCUGUGAAUAUCACUAAAACGGUCUCUGUCUACCACGUGUCAGGGAAAUAAAUUGUAUUCGGUCUUGCUCUGCUCUGUAGUCAAUACACUAAAAAUACUUACAUUUCGGAAUUUGUUAUAAAAUAUAUGUAAAUGCACUUUGAAGUGUGCAAUGAAGUAGUCACAAGAAUAAAGGAAGUCUUAAAGGAAUAGUUCACCCAAAAAUACAAAAUCUGUCACCAUUUAGUGCACAGAUUUUUACUAGGCCUAUAUAAAAAUACAAACGAGUUGCAAGAUUUAUAGCAUGAUGUCCUAGAAUAAAGUUGCUUUUCUCUAUAUUAUAAUGAAAGUGAAUGGUGACCAAAGCUAUCAACAUUUUUAGGCAAAAUUUCCAUCAAUAAUUUUCAGUCCGCUCUUCAUACGGAGCUAUCAAAUGGCUUAAUUCUACGUUUAAAGGUGCAGUGUGUAAAUUUUAGCAGCAUCUUGUGGUGAGGUGCUGGUGAAUUGCAACCAAUGGCUCAGUCCACUGCUUACCCCUCGUUUUUUAAUCACAUAGAGAAGCUACGGUAGCUGCCACCGGACAAACAUGUCAUCGCAGACAACUUAGUAAAAAAAGUUUGUCCAUUAAGGGUUUCUGUGGAAACAUGGCGGCACAAAAAGGCGACUUCCAUAAGGGGUCCCUCGAUAUAUGUAGAUAAAAACAUCUCAUUCUAAGGUAAUAAACAUAUAAAGGUUCAUUAUGAAAGGUCUUUAUACACCCCUGAUAAUAUAGUUUUGUAUAUUAUUUUGCAUUUCUGUCAAGAGAUCCUUCUAAAAAUUACACACUGCACCUUUAAAGUGCUUUUGUCCUUUUUGGAGUUCGCCAGUCCCUGGUUCGUAUUCAAUUCAAUUUUAUUUAUAUAGCACUUUUCACAAUUGUUUAAUUGUUUCAAAGCAGCUUUACAAUAAUAAAUGCAGGAGAAAACACAUAAGCAGCAGAGUACAGCCGCUAAGAUUAAACCGUUUUCACAUUCAGUAUAUGGGAAAAACAUCUUGGAUGCAAAAUUUUAACUUUGCGAUUUAUAAAAGCUAGAAAAAGUCAAGUUUAAAAUGAUGUUAGGGUGAAAUGACCGAAGUUUGUAUAUAUGUGAACUUUACCUUUAACAAUCUGUAAUAUUUUGCUUUCACACAGAGCACUCCCUUAAAACACAUUACACUGAAUAUUUAUAUGGUUGUGGUCAUUCCAGUGUUGAUAGUAUUUCUUUAUACCAUGCUGUGUUUAUAUUACUUAUAUUAAAGCCUUUUUUUUACAAAAUCAUUAAAGGGGACAUAUCAUGAAAAUCUGACUUUUUCCAUGUUUAAUUGCUAUAAUUGGGUCCCCAGUGCUUGUAUCAACCUAGUAAAUGUGAAAAAGAAAAGUCUCUGCAAGCAUGUGAAAAAAAUACGUCAGUGUAAUUUGGCUCCCCUUGUGAUGUCAAAAGGGGAUAAUACCGCCCCCUAAUCUGCACUAUCCAACCACAGCACUGCUAUAUACUGCAAACUUGAUUAACUCAUUUGCAUUUAAAAGGACACACCCAAAACGACACAUUUUUGCUCAUACCUACAAAGUGGCAAUUUUAAGAUGCUAUAAUAAAUUAUCUACAGUAUAUGUUAUUUUGAGCUAGAACUUCACAUACACACUCUGGGGACACCAAAGUUUUAUUUGACAUCUUAAAAAAGUCUUGUGUCCCCUUUAAUUUUUCUUCAGCAAGAAUGCAUUGUCUAAUCCCUAUUGGUCUUAAAUACUGUACACACUAUCAGACACAUAACCUUUUCUCCAGUAAUAAUGGGCUGUAACGUGAAACCAUUAAGUACUGGUGAAUUGUGAGCCGGUUGCCAUAGCGACUGCCCACUUUAGCCAACUUAUGCGUAGGAUAUGAAAUAAUGCAAUUAGUGGGAGUUAUUUAUGACCAGAAAGGCCGCAGUCCAAAAAUAGAGAUUUAAGAGAGACAUCGAAGAAUUUACCAUCAAAUGUAAAUGCAUGGCUGCAACGGCUGAGUGUGCAAAACAUUUACGACCCUGUCUGUGAAAUGGAUAUACUAAUUUUGAGUUUGAUUUCAAUCACUUAUUUCACAAUUUCAAUGACGUUACUCAGUCAAUAUUAAAGAUAUUAAGGUUAUA